UGUGCGGCGCGCAUGCGCAGUCGCGCUCCACUCUAAUGGAGGACAUGUCUGGUCUGCAAUCGUCUUUUUCUGCCCUGUUUUUCUGAGUUGCGCCCUCAACACCCGUCAGCUGAGCCCGCGACACCCCCCAAGUGGCAGAAUGGCUUCGGACUCAGUCUCUCAAAGCUCCCAGAGUCCUGCCACCAGGAUCAUGACCUUUCAUCCCACAAAAGAGGAGUUCAAAGACUUCAACAGAUACAUUGCAUAUAUGGAGUCGCAGGGGGCUCACAGAGCCGGCAUGGCUAAGGUGGUGCCACCAAAGGACUGGAAGCCCCGGAGCACAUACGAUGACAUUGAUGACCUGGUGAUUCCCACACCUAUUCAACAGGUGGUCACUGGCCAAUCAGGUCUCUUCACUCAGUACAACAUCCAGAAGAAGCCGAUGACUGUCCGCGAGUUCCGCAAAACUGCCAACACAGACAAGUUCUGUAAUCCCAGAUAUGCUGAUUUUGAUGAACUAGAGAGGAAAUAUUGGAAGAAUUUAACAUUCAAUCCACCACUGUAUGGGGCAGAUGUCAGUGGAACCCUCUACGAUCCGGACGUGACGGAGUGGAAUAUUGGCCGUCUCAACACUAUUUUGGACACUGUAGAGAGAGAGAGUGGAAUCACAAUCAAAGGAGUCAACACUCCAUAUCUUUAUUUCGGGAUGUGGAAGAGCACAUUCGCCUGGCACACAGAGGACAUGGAUCUCUACAGCAUCAACUACCUUCACUUUGGAGAACCCAAGUCCUGGUACAUCGUGCCUCCAGAACAUGGGAAGCGAUUAGAGCGUCUUGCUAAAGGAUUUUUUCCUGGAAGUGCCCAAAGUUGUGAAGCCUUCCUGAGACACAAAAUGACUUUAAUUUCACCGUCUAUUCUGAGAAAGUAUGGAAUACCCUUUGAGAAGGUCACACAGGAAGCAGGCCAGUUCAUUGUGUCCUUCCCGUAUGGAUAUCAUGCUGGGUUUAACCAUGGCUUCAACUGUGCAGAAUCCACCAACUUUGCCACCCAGCGUUGGAUCGAUUAUGGAAAGCUGGCGACAUUAUGUUCCUGCCGGAAGGACAUGGUGAAGAUAUCCAUGGAUGUGUUUGUUCGCAAGUUCCAGCCAGAACGCUAUAAACUUUGGAAAGCAGGAAAGGACAAUGUGCCCAUUGACCACUCAAAGACCACACCAGAGGCAGAGUUCCUGACAGAUGUAAAGACAGAAAAUGAGACAGGAGAGCUCAGCGAUAGCAGCAAAGCAGAAACGCAGGAGAAGGGAGGAGAAGCAGAGGCUGGAGAGGAGCAGAAAGCAAACACGGACGGUGGAGAGGAAGACAAGACUGAAAUUUUGAAAAGGGAAACAGAUGGUGCAAAGGAGAAAGAAGAAGCAGAUAAAGGAGGUCUGGAGGUAGAGGAGAAGAAGCCUGUUGGUGAUGAAGAACCAAGCAGCACCUCAGAGCAGAUCAACAGUAGCAGUCCAAAGCAGAAUGUGGGGCAGAAACGGCUCAGACCCAGCCCUGACGAUGGAGCAAAAGAUGACAAUCAAGUAAAGGUAGAAAAAGAGGAAGAAGUUGAGAAGAAGAAAGCCAAACUUAACCAGACUGAGACAGAUGACAAGAAUGAACAAUCCAUCUCCGCUGACCCAGGUUAUGCGCAAGCUGAGGAGACGAUGGAGACAGACGCUCCCCCUCCACAACAGCCAGAGAAUCAAGCCCCUCCCUGCAUGGAGGUGGAGCUCUCUCCAUCAAACCCCACCUCCAGCAGUGACAUCUCAAUGCAGCAAAGAGAUGAUGUCACUCUCUCUGAACCCAACGAUGUCACCUCAUCCUCACAAUCCACAAACAGCAUCGCUGAUGAUGAGGCUCCGACCAGUGAUGUCGCCUCUCAGUCCGAACACGUCACUCAAAGCUGUGAUGUCCAAAGCAAGCCUGAUGGCAUCACUCCAAACGGUGACCUCACUGAUGCCCAGCAGAGUGACAUCACGGCCCAUUCGUGUUCCAGUGUCCCUGCUGCUGACGUCACGCCUCUCAUAUCUGUAACCAGCAGUAUUUCCUCUCUACAUGGCAUUAACUCCACCCACACCUGUGAUGUCUCUACAGAACCCAGCGACCGCACUAUAAAUACCAUCAUCCCUAGUCCAAGCGAGCCUGCUAUUAACUCCUCCCACACCUAUGAUGUCCAACCAGAACCCAGCGACAUCGCAGUCAGCCCUAAACACGAACUUGGCAUUAACUCCACCCACACCUGUGAUGUCACCACAGAACCCAGUGACAUCACCAUCAGCGCUGAACAUGAACCCAGUGUUAGUUCCGCCCACAGCUGUGAUGUACAACCAGAACCCAGCGACAUCACCAUCAGCGCUGAAAAUGAACCCAGCAUUAGCUCCGCCCACAGCUGUGAGGUCCAACCAGAACCCAGCGACAUCACCAUCAGCACUGAACACGAAUCCAGCAUUAGCCCCGCCCACAGCUGUGAGGUCCUACCAGAACCCAUUGACUUCACCAUCAGCGCUGAAAAAGAACCCAGCAUUGGCUCCGCCCACAGCUGUGACAUACAACUAGAAACCAGCAACGUCAACAUCAGCGUUGAAAAUGAAUCCAGCAUUAGCUCUGCCCACAGCUGUGAGGUCCAUCCAGAACAAAGCGACAUCACCAUCAGCAUUGAAAAUGAACCCAGCAUUAGCGCCGCCCACAGCUGUGAUGUACAACCAGAACCCAGCAACGUCAACAUCAGCGUUGAAAAUGAACCCAGCAUUAGCUCCGCCCACAGCUGUGAUGUACAACCAGAACUGAGCAACGUCAACAUCAGCAUUGAAAAUGAACCCAGCAUUAGCUCCGCCCACAGCUGUGAGGUCCAACCAGAACCCAGCGACAUCUCCAUCAUCGCUGAACACAAAUCCAGCAUUAGCUCCGCCCACAGCUGUGAGGUCCUACCAGAAGCCAUUGACAUCACCAUCAGUGCUGAAAAAGAACCCAGCAUUAGCUCCGCCUACAGCUGUGAUGUCCAACCAGAACCCACCGGCAUCACCAUCAAAGCUGAAAAUGAACUCAGCUUUAGCUCCGCCCACAGCUGUGAUGUCCAACCAGAACUGAGCAACAUCAUUGACCCUAAACACGAACCCAGUGUUAACUCUGCCUACACCUGUGAUGCCCAACCAGAACCUACCAACAUCACUGUCAGUGAACAAGAAUCCAGCAUUAGUUCCGCCCACAGCUGUGAUGUUCAACCAAAACUCAGCAAUAUCACCAUCAGCCCUAAACAUGAACCCGGCAUUAGCUCCGCCCACACCAGUAAUGUCACCACAGAACCCAGCGGCAUCACUGUCAACCCUGAACACGAACCCAGUGUUAACUCCGCCCACAUCUGUGAUGUCCAACUAGAACUCGGCAACAUCACCGUCAGCCCUGAACACAAGCCCAGCACUAACUACGCCCUCGCAUAUGAUGUCAUCACUGAACCCAGCAACGUCAGCGUCGGCCCUAAACGCAAACCUAGCGUUAACUCCGCCCACACUUAUGAUGUCAUCACCGAACCCAGCAGCAGCGCCAUCAACCUUAAGCUCAGCGAGUCGCAGUGCAGCUCCGCGUCAGCGGGCGGCAGUCAGGUGUGUCCGCCUGCGGUCCAGCACAUCUUCCAGAGAACGCUGAGCCCCGCGGAGGUGCUACAUGUCCACAGCUACGCUAAAGGAGAUUACAGCGAUCUCGAGCCGCGCAUUCGGCACGAGAGAGACCGAGACAGCGACUCUGAUAGCGAGUCUCAAGAGGACAGCAAGAAAGAAGCUGAACACCCAGUGGAAGCUCAGCACAGACUUCCCAGACUCCCCAGGCACCAUCCUCUGAUGAAGGACAGCAUCAGUGAUGAAGGUCAGUUUGUGGCAAAAGAAGCUGAACACCCAGUGGAAGCUCAGCACAGACUUCCCAGACUCCCCAGGCACCAUCCUCUGAUGAAGGACAGCAUCAGUGAUGAAGAGCUGCAGGAUCAGGCUGCGUCAGAGGAGGACGGGCUGGACGGGGAGGCCUGGGCACGACCUUUGGCCCAGCUGUGGCAGAACAGACCGUAUAAUCCAGAAAGAGAGAGAGAGUACAACAGAGAGAUGGGUCUGCGGUCUCCGUACUGCUCUGUGUGUGCACUCUUCCAGGCACAUCAGCGGUCUGAAGGGGGCGAGAGCGAGCCGGCCGUGGUGCUGCCCGGGGGUCAGAUGAGAACCAAGCCUCUGAUUCCAGAGAGAUGUUUCUCCACCACCACCGAGGACAGCGCAGAUGUCCAGCCGUCCACAGCUCACCUGGAGGAGGACGGCACCAGUCUGCUCAUCAGCUGCUCCCUGUGCAGUGUUCGUGUGCACACUAGUUGUUACGGUGUGGCUCCAGCGAGAGUCUCCAAAGACUGGAAAUGUGCCCGUUGUAAAGCCAACGCCCUCACCGAGAGUUGCUGUCUGUGUUCGUUGAGAGGUGGAGCGUUGCACAGAGCCAAUAAUGGCAAAUGGGUUCACGUCCUGUGUGCGGUGGCAGUGCUGGAAGCUCGCUUUGUGAACAUCGCUGAACGAUCGCCCGUGGAUCUCAGUGGCAUUCCCUUACAGAGAUUCAAGCUGAAAUGCUACUACUGCAAACGGAGGAUGAAGAAAACGUUGGGCUGUUGUGUGCAGUGUUCUCACGGUCGCUGCCCCACCUCAUAUCACCCGACCUGCGCACAGGCCGCCGGCGUCAUCAUGCACCCAGACGACUGGCCCUUCGUUGUCUAUGUCACUUGUUGCCGCCACAAAGGGCCGGUACAAUCGGAGCGUAAUAAAGCAGCCAUGAGAGAGCUCAGCGUGGGUCAGAAGGUCAUCUGCAAGCACAAAAAUGGACGCUACUACCAGUGUGAAGUCAUACAGCUGACAAAAGAGACAUUUUAUGAGGUCAACUUUGACGAUGGCUCCUUCAGUGAUAACCUUUUCCCAGAGGACAUUGUGAACCGAGACUGCGCUCAGCUGGGUCCUCCACCACAGGGGGAAGUGGUUCAGGUCAGAUGGACGGACGGUCUUGUCUAUGGAGCUAAAUUCGUGGCAGCUCAUGUCAUUCAGAUGUACCAGGUGGAGUUCGAGGACGGAUCGCAGCUGACUGCUAAGAGAGAUGACGUCUACACCCUAGACGAAGAGCUGCCCAAGAGAGUCAAAUCUCGUCUGUCUAAGGCAUCGGACAUGCGUUUUGAUGGCUUGUUUGGAGAGAAGAAGGUCCAGGAGAGCAAGAGACAGAGAGUGAUCAACUCCAGGUACAGAGGUGACUACAUCGAACCCGUCAUCUACCGAGCCAUCAUGGAGUAGCCAGCGAUGACCCAGCCUUCACCCGAAACCACCAGCACUCAUCCAGCAACUCUAGCCCUGCCAAUGUCAGUAGCGUUCAGUUCGCAGGGGUCAGACACCUGGAUGGGUUUGAUCGCUCCUCGGUGGACUAUUACUAGCCCUCGACCAUCUAUUCUGAUAUAUGGGUCUAGAGUUGAGGCAGGGUGUUUCACAGUGUCUUUCUCAGAGAAUGCAGCUUUGUCUUUGGGUGUGAUGCCCUUUUAACCUCAGCGCUGUGAAACUGUGCCACAAACACUCUAGAAACACAUCAGCGUGAACAUCAGGCUCAUGGAGUCACUCUAAAUCACAUUCAUUUGAUACAGCAUAUUUGUGAUCUCCAUUUCAUAAAAUAUCUACUUUUAUCAAACUGCGUUAAUUUAUUUGACUUAAUUGAGGGUGCUCUUUCUACCCGUAUUUUACCGAACGGAGGUGCCAUUGCCAUUUUAUGGAUGUGGAUCUCCUUUUUUUAAGAUCUACUGUUGUAAAUUACGCAGUCGAGAUCCUGAUUAUUGUACAUUAUUUGGAACAUAAUGAAUUCAGCGUGUCUUUGAGUCAUUUUUUACAAGCCUAUUUAUUACUGGUGCUUUACAAAAGUCAAUUUUGCAAUAUGAGUUCCAGUGCUGUCGAAGUUCGACACCGAUAGGUGUGUUCUGUUUUUAGAAAGAGGAUCGCGUAGAUACCGAAUUGCCAAGGAUCUCACUUUCACAGCUGUUCAAGCCCUGCCUUGCGCUCUGGUUCAAUACACUUUCAUUCAGACGUUUCUAUUAAUGUAGCUUCUUACUGCUGUCCACAUUUUAUCAGAAGCCCCACGGUUUUAAUAAGCUAUUUUUGCACUUCUCAGCUGUACUUUUAUGAAUUGUCAUCUUUGUCCUUGCAGUAGCCAAGCUCUAGAGACCGAAAUGCACUUCUGAAAGCUGAGGAGGCCAUUGUUUGGACUGUCUAGCCGACAGCAUUUGAAGAAAGUCAGGUUGUUGCAGGCCUUCAGUUGUUAGAUGGGGCUAAUCUUCACUAUAAAAAAAAAAAAAAAAAAAAAAGAAAAUUAUAAAAGAUUUUUUCUAUCAAGAAGCCUAUUUUAUUGCUUUGUUUUAUAAUACAUGUUUAAUGUUCAUAUACUGUGAGAUAGAGUUGUAUGUAGUUAAUUUAAGAAAUCUUAAGCUUUUGGCACGUUUCUUCUGCCUCUCGUGUUGCUUUCAAACAUGAGCCUUGUUCUCACUGCACUUCUGAAUGCAGAGGCUCUAGGACUUCCAUACAUGUAUUUUGUAAAAAUUAUUAAUGUGCAUCAGUAAAAGAUGUGAGCUGACAUGUUUCUUA